AGGCCCCAAAAGGCGCUGGGGACGCGUGGCGGCGGGAACGGCCGACGAGAAGAAGGCUGCUGGCUAUUUCACUUCCGGCUCAGGCGUCUCACAACCCAGAAGCCACACGAAUGCAGUUGAGAAGCUGCCAGUGUGCAACGCCCAGGCGAAGACUAACGUGAUUUUUGACAUGGAGACUGGAGAUCCAGACGAUGUGUUGACACUGCUGCUGCUGGCAUCGCAUCCAAACGUCAACUUGCGGGCUGUGACGAUCACACCAGGAUCAAUGGAGCAGGUUGCCUUGGUUUUGUGGAUGCUCAAAGAAAUUCAAUUGCCAGAAGUUCGUGUUGGUGCGCAAGAAUGGCCGAAGAAUGCAGAGAAGAAGUGCGUGCGCGGCAAAUUCUAUGAUAGCUUUGGCAGAAUUCCAGAACACCUUGUAGAAGGCAUUGAAUCUGCUGAGCAAGUGUUGCUGGAGUCCUGUGACCAAGACACAACCCUCUUGACUGGAGGCCCAUUGCACAACUUGGGCUGUGUGCUGGGGGUGCCGGGCUUCACCCUAGGUCGCUGGGUUGCGCAGGGGGGCUUCGCUGGUGAAGGGGUGGUUCCUUCAGAACUGCAAUUGGAGAAGUUUGCUGGCAAGCGCACUUGCCAAACAUGGAAUUUCAAUGGAAACAUAUCUGCAGCUGAAGCUGCCCUUGAGAGCACUUGCAUUCUGCGAAAAGUCUUAGUUUCCAAAAAUGUUUGCCAUCGUGCAGUCUAUGACAACCGCUUCCACCUGGAUUUUGUGCAAGCUUUGGAGCAGUCAGAAAGGAUUGCCGCACAGACCACACGGGCUGUAGCACUGAAGUUGCUAUGCUCAGCCAUGCAGGCUUACCGGCGAGGUGAAGGCAAGAAGCUCCACGAUCCACUGGCCAUGGCGGCGGUCGUGGAUGAAACUGUUUGUAGUUUCCGAGAGGUCAGGGUGAUCCGUGACAAGCAAGGCUGGGGUUCUGUGCCGGACACAGGUACAAACACAUGGAUUAGCAUCGACUACGAUGAUGAACGGUUCAGACAGAUUCUCCUCGGCAGUGGUCCGAUGCAUGAUGUGGCUGCUUGAGGAUAUGUACAGAGCUGCGUGACGUUGGACAGCGAUUUCAUGGCCUUUUGUAGAGUGCUUGUUUGUACAGAAGCUGUCUCAAUUGAAA